AUGGCUGCAGCUUUUGUGGGAGAAGCAUUCCUCUCAGCUUCUGUGGAGGUGCUGUUAGACAGGUUCAUUUCCCUUGAGUUCCUAGAUUUCUUUCAUAGCAAGGAGCUUGAUGUCUCACUCCUUAAAAAGCUGAAAAUAUCACUGUUGAGUCUUCAAGCUGUAUUAAAUGAUGCUGAAGAGAAACAGAUUACUAAUCCUGCAGUCAAGGAAUGGCUACAAGAGCUCACACAUGCUGUCUUUGAUGCUGAUGAUUUGUUGGAUGAAAUCAACACUGAGGCUUUGCGAUGCAAACUGGAAGCUGAGUCUCAAAGUCAAACCAUUAGUGAUCAGGUGCGGAACUUCCUUUCUUCUCCUUUCAAACGGUUUUCAGGGUUGAUCCAUUCAAAAAUACUAGCAUUGUUUCAGAGGUUAGAACAAUUUGCACUGCAAAAAGACAUCCUUCAACUGAAAGGCAGUGUUUGGCAUGGAACUCCUACAAGUAGUGUGGUAGAUGAAUCUUCUAUUUAUGGAAGAGAUGAUGAGAAAAACAGACUUAAAGAUUAUCUACUUUCACAAGAUGCCGGUGACUGUAAAAUAGGAGUGAUUUCCAUUGUGGAUGGAGGGCCUGGUAAAACAACCCUCGCUAAACUCCUUUACAACGAUGAUAGAGUGAAAGAGAAAUUUGAUCUAAAAGCGUGGGCAUAUAUUUCAAAAGAUUUUGAUGUUUGCAGGGUUACUAAAACCAUUCUUGAAUCUGUCACUUUAAAACCAGCAAAUACAGAUAACCUGAAUAUUCUUCAAGUGAAAUUGCAGCAAAGCUUAAGCCAUAAAAGAUUUUUGCUUGUAUUGGACGACAUAUGGGAUGGGAACUAUGUUGAUUGGAACAAUUUAAUGGAAAUUUUUAGUGCUGCGGAAAUGGGAAGUAAGAUCAUCAUCACAACACGAGAUGAAAGUUUUGCUAAAGCCAUGCAAACCUCUUUUCCUAUCUACCAUCUGACAUCUCUGGCUGUUGAAGAUUGCUGGUCUUUACUUGCUAAACAUGCAUUUGGAGCAAAUAAUUGCAGCAGAGUGUCCAACCUAGAAGUAAUUGGUAAAGAAAUUGCUAAAAAAUGUGAUGGCUUACCAUUAGCUGCAGUGGCACUUGCGGGUCUCCUUCGCACCAAUUUAUCAGAAAAUUACUGGAACAAGGUAUUAAAAAGUAACAUUUGGGAUUUGCCGAAUGUUAAGGUGCUACCAGCUCUUCUGUUGAGCUAUCAUUAUCUCCCUGCUCCUUUAAAACAAUACUUUGCUUAUUGUUCAAUUUUUCCAAAGAACUCCGAGUUAGAAAAAAAGAGGGUAGUUCAGCUAUGGAUUGCAGAAGGCUUAGUACAUCAGCCUAGAAGUGAGAAAACCAUGGAAGAAGUAGGUGAUGAAUACUUUGAUGAACUCGUAUCAAGGUCAUUGAUACUUCGAGGGUCAUUGAAUGAGCAAGCAGACUUUAAGAUGCAUGACCUCGUUAAUGAUUUAGCCACAAUGAUUUCAUCUUCAUAUUGUAUCAGGUACGAGCAUCCAAAGUCACCUAAAAGUGUUGAAAGAGUUCGUCAUUUGUCAUACAACAAAGGGAGCUAUGACUCUUUCAACAAAUUUGAUUGCUUUUAUCAAUCAAAAGGUCUACGUACGUUCAUAGGCUUACCAUUAAAUCUAGGAUGGUGGUUAAAAAGUGGUCAUUUUGCAUCCCAUUACUUAUCAAACAAGGUGGUUCAUGACUUGUUACCAGCAAUGAAACAGUUACGGGUGUUGUCCUUGUCACACUAUUAUAAUAUCACUGAGCUUCCUGACCAUAUUGGAAAUUUAAUUCACCUGCGAUACUUAGAUCUUUCUAACACUAAAAUUCAAAGGUUACCAGAAGCAACAUGCAAGCUCUACAAUCUGCAGACCUUGUUGUUGUCCAAAUGUUGGUCACUCGCUGAAUUGCCUGAGGACAUGGGAAAUUUGGUUAAUCUACGACACCUUGACAUUAGUGGCACUAAAUUGAAGAAGAUGCCUGCACAAAUAGCCAGACUACAAAAUCUUCAAACCUUGUCUGCUUUUGUUGUCAGCAAACUGCAGGAUGGAUUGAAGGUUGGAGAGUUAAAAAAAAUUCCCCAUCUAAAGGGGAAACUUUGCAUUUCAAAGCUACAAAAUGUAAUUGACCCAUGUGAGGCUUUUCAAGCCAAUUUGAGGAAAAAAGAACUAAUAGACGAGUUGGCAUUGGAAUGGGAUUGUGGUACUACGGAAGACACACAAAUUGAAAGGCUUGUACUUGAACAGCUGCAGCCUCCAACAAAUUUGAAGAAGCUGACCAUUAAAUUCUAUGGUGGAACCAGCUUUCCAAGUUGGUUGGGUGAUUCCUCAUUUGGUAACAUGGUGUACUUGUGCAUCAGUGGUUGUGAUCAUUGUUGGUCACUGCCACCCCUUGGACAAUUGCCUCAUCUCCAAGAACUCUUCAUUUCUGGGAUGAAGUCUGUGAAGACCGUUGGUACUGAAUUUUACGGAAGUUGUUCCCCUUCAUUUCAGUCAUUUCCCUCCUUGGAGAUUCUGAGCUUUGAGAACAUGCCAGGGUGGGAGGAAUGGAACUUGAUUGGAGGUACAGCUAUAGAGUUUCCUAGUCUAUCACAUCUAUCUCUGAAGGAUUGUCCCAAACUCAAAGGAACCUUACUCAACAAACUUCCUUCCUCAACAUUUUUUUAUUUCUCAAACUGUUCUUUCUUGUUGCCAGUGUUCUGUCCCAAACUCAUAGAAAACUUACCAAGAAACCUUCAUCCCUCAAUUGUGCUUAAGUGCACUAAUUUCAUUGUAGACUUAACUAUCUCCGGCAUUCCAUCACCGGCAUCCCUCCCAGUAGAUGGUCUUCCCACAGUGUUGCGAUUUCUCACUUUAUACAAUUGUGAGAAACUGGAAUUCCUUCCUCAUGAAUCCUUGUGCAAUUACACAUCACUUGAGGAGUUGGAAAUUCGCAAUAGCUGUUAUUCACUGGCAUCAUUCACCUUAGGCUGUCUUCCUGUGCUCAAAAGUCUUAGCAUUAUGAGUUGUAAAAGUCUAAAAUCAAUUCUGAUUGAAGAAAAUGCUUUCCAGAGUCUCUCACAUCUUCAACGUUUGAGUAUAUGUGAUUGUCCUGAACUAGAGUCAUUUCCUGUGAAUUGUGUCAAGCUUACUUCACUGCCUGAACCAAUUAACACUCUUGCUGCUCUUCGAGGAUUGAAUAUUGAUAGCCUUCCAAAUCUUGAGUCUUUUGCAAAAGAAGGUUUGCCUAUCAAUUUACGCAUGUUUAUUGUCUGUAGUCUUGGGAGUUCCUGGACUACAGCUAUCAGUGAGUGGGGUUUGCAACGACUCACUUGUCUUUCAGAGUUGUAUAUUGGAGGUGAUGAUCUUUCAAACGCGCUAAUGAAAAUGAAAGUGCCAUUGCUGCCUACUUCUCUUGUGUCCCUAGUCAUCUACAAUCUUUGUGAUAUAAAAUGCUUGGAUGGGAAGUGGCUUCAGCAUCUCACCUCUCUUGAAGAACUUGAAAUUUCAUCCUGUCACCGACUUGAAUCUUUGCCUGAAGAGGGACUGCCUUCCUCUCUAUCACUAUUAACCAUCAACAGCUGUCCAUUAUUAGAAGCAAGUUGUCAUAGCAAUGGAGGGAAAGAGUGGCCUAAGAUUGCUCACAUUCCAUGCAUAGUUAUCAAUAGGCAAGUGUUCAUAUGA